AUGCAAGAGAGCACUACUAGCCAAUCAGGUGUUGCUGCAUGCCGUCUGCUGCUGCUGCGGCUGCUGCAGAAUGGUUAUACUGCAGCAGAAGCAACAGCAGCACUUAAGGAAGGGAAGCUGCUGCAGCAGCAGCAGCAGCAGCAGGAUCUGCUGCAUGCAUUAGCUGGAUUGCUCGAUGAAUGCCUACAGGAACAAUCUAAUGAUGACACAGCUGCAGCAGCUAAGCUGCAGCAGCAGCAGCAGCAGCAGCAAGGGGAUACAGAGAACGAGCGUCCUUCACAGCAGCAGCAGCAGCAGCAGCAAGAGAUGCAGCAGCAGUCUCCGCCAAGCAAACGGGCACGUUUAGCUGCAGCAGAUAGCAGCAACAAUAGCAGCAAGGAAACAGCAGCAGCAACAGCAGCAGCAGCAGCAGCAGCAGGACUAGAUGAUGUAUUAGGUAGAGGCACGCUGUCUCAGGAGUUGCUGCUGCUGCUUGUCUCCUUGCUGCAGGAAGUGCAGCAAGUACCUGCUGCUGUGUCUGCUGAUUCUGCUGCAGCAGCAAGCAGAUGCAUGCGUCUCUUCUUCUCUAAUCUAUCAGGUCUACGUGCAGCAGCAGCAACAGCAGCAACAGCAGCAGCAGCAGCAGCAGCAGCAGAUGAGACCUUCAGCAGCAGCAAGGAAUGGCAAAAGUUGAUGGAGCGUCGUGUUGCUGCAGUAUGCCAGCUGCUAUCUGCAUGCAGGGCGUCUGCUGCUGCUGCUGCUGCUGCUGCACCUACAGCAGCAGCAGCAGCAGAUAACGAUGCUCUAUGGAGACGCUGCAGCAAACAGCUGCUGCUGCUGCGCCAAUGGGUACACUAUUUUGCUGCUGCUGCAGCAGAGCGCAGCAAACUCGUGCAGCGGCUGUCUGCAUGCAGCCAGCUGCAGCCAUUAGAUACUAUGCUGCCUAAUACAGAUAAUAAUAAACUAGAGGAAGAAGUAGGCCGUGCCUUCGCGCUGCUGCAGCAGGAGCUGCCGCUAAUUGGAUCGACACCUGAAGCAGCAGCAGCAGCAGCAACAGCAGCAAAAUCAGCAGAGGCAAAGCUGCGAGCUGCAGCAGACAGAUGGAGAGCUGAACAGGAACGGGUACGGCAGCAGCAAGAAGAGAUACAAAGAAGGAAUGCCUUCUCUAGGGCCUGUGUCCAAUUCGUGCUGCAGCGGCAGCAGGAGCAGCAGCAAGCAGCAGCAGCAGCAGCAGCAGCAAUGAUUGGUACCCCAGCAGCAACUGCUGCUGCUGCACGCAGCAGAGCUGUUGCUCAUCCUUUUUAUAUUCUUGGCAUUAACCCACAAACUGCAACAGAAAAAACUUAUGAGGAAGCAUGCACAGAGGCGCUGCGUUUGCUGCGAAGCCGUUCUAUGGAUUUAACUUGGGCAGCACCUCCCCCUCCUCCUACACCAGAAGCAGCAGCAGCAGCACCAGCAGCAGCAGCAGCAGCAGCUUCUGGUGGUUCUGCUGCAUCUGCAGCAUCAGCAAAUGGCACAUCUGUGUCUUCUACAACGAACACCAGCAGCAGCAGCAACAACAACAACAGCAACAGCAGCAGCAGCAACAGCAGCAGCAGCAACAACAGCAGCAGCAGGGUCCAGUUACCUACAAGUAGUUAUAUACCUGAUGCUGCUGUUGAGCCUUUGCCUCGUCGUCGUGCAACGGGAGCCUUUCGGGUGUACGUACAGGCUGCAUGCGUGAGUGCAGCAGCAGAGGAUGGUGCAGCAGCAGCAGCAGCAGCAGCAGCAUUCCGGUGUAUAACAAGGAUUUGGGUGUACGUACACCGGCCUAUAAGGGGGGGCCCCCCUGUGUCUCUGCAGCCAGCAGCAGCAGGACUAAGCAGCGUGCUGCAGCAGGAUGUGUUACUUGCUGCAGCAGAAGAUGAUAUAGCAAGAGCAGCAGCAGCAGCAAUUGCUGGCAGCAACUGCAGCAGCAGCACUGCUGCUACUAUUGAUUGUGCAGGAGUGCAGCCGCUGCUGCUAGAGCAGCAGCAAAUAUACUGGAUAGGUAUACAGGUAAUGAAUCAGCAGCAGCAGGUAUCCUUAGUUAAUUGGUUGCCGCUGCAGUUAACAUUAGCUGUACCUCCUCUUCCUCCGCUGCAGCAGCUGCAGCAGCAGAUACUGCAACAGCAGCAGCAGCAGCAGCAGCAGCAAAAGGAGGAAGAAGCAGAGCAGCACGAACCCUCUAUCUUUAGUAGUGAUGAAGAAAUAGAUAAAAAGAAAAAAAGAAAAAAAAAACAGCAGCAGCAGCAGCAGCAGCAGCAGCAGCAGCUUGAGCUGCUGCAUACUGCAGCAAAAGCAGCAAAAACGCAGCUAACUGCCUUUAUUGGGGCCCCAUUCCUUUCUGUGCUGCAGCAGCAGCAGCUGCAGCAGCACAUACAUAAACUGCAGCAGACUGCAUCUGCUGCAGUGCAACAAAACCAAGCAGCAGCAGCAACAGCAGCAGCAGCAGCUAGCUGCCAUGCUGCUGUUGCUGCAGCAAGAGAGCUGCUAGAGCAAUACAUGCAUCAGGCAGAUGCAUGGGCAGAUGGGUACCAAGAGUAA